CAGCGUGCCUAGCUCGUGUUUCCCCCCAGGUUGUGUCUGUGGUCAGCUGCUUUGGGCUGUGGAUCCCACGCUCCAUGAUGGUGGUGGAGAUGGCUACCACGACGUACUUCGCUAUCUGCUUCUACCUCCUGAUGCUGGUCAUGGUGGAGGGUUUUGGGGGGAAGGAGGCGGUGCUCAGCACCCUGAAGGAUGUGCCCAUGGUGGUGAGCACCGGGCCCUGCUGCUGCUGCUGCCCCUGCCUGCCCCGCAUCACCAUUACCAGGAGAAAGCUUCAACUGCUGAUGCUGGGCACUUUCCAGUACGCCUUCUGCAGGGUGGUCGCCGUCUUCCUGGGGCUGGUCCUGUCCACCGACGGGAACUACAACCCUGCUGACAUCUCGGCAGAGAGUGUGGCACUCUGGAUCAACACCCUGGUCGGCGCCUCCACCCUCUUCGGGCUGUGGGCCCUGGGAAUCCUCUUCCGGCAGGCCCGGCUGCACCUAACAGAGCAGAAUAUCAAGGCCAAAUUCUCCUGCUUCCAGGUCCUACUCGUCCUGACGGCACUGCAGCCUGCCAUCUUCAGCAUCCUGGCCAACAACGGGAGCAUCGCCUGCUCGCCACCCUUCUCCUCCAAGGCCAGGUCGCAGCAGAUGAACAUACAGCUGCUGAUCCCACUAACCUUCAUCUUGGCGGUGGUGACGCGGAUGUACUACCGCAAGCAGGACGACAAGCCGGGCUACCAGCCCGUCAGCUUCGCACCCGCAGGCACUGGCGUCAAGGCGUGA